AUGAAUAAAACAUUUACAAAAUUAGCAUUUAGCAAGCAUUCAAGUCCGUAUUCUUCUUCUGGUCAACUAAAGUAUUCAUCUUCAUUAACUAUGCCUAAACAACAACAAUUACAAACUAAAGAGUCUAACGGAGUAUCAAUUAAUUCAUGUCUUUAUUGUGUUACAAAAACUGUACAUCCAAGAUUAGGACGAGGUGAAACUUAUAUUUGCGGUUAUAAACCAUAUCGUUGUGAAAUAUGCAAUUAUUCUACUACAACAAAAGGAAAUUUAGCGAUACAUCAACAAUCGGAUAAACAUCUAAAUAAUCUUCAGGAGCACGAACAAACAAUGUCUCAAACAAUAUUCAAUACAGCUGAUACAAGAAGUAAUCACAGUGAAAGUCCUGAUUGUACUCGCCAUCAACAAAAUAAUCUGCAUCAAAAUCUUACUCAUUUAAAUUCAGCCAGUAAAAAAUCAAAUUCAUCAUGUGAUUUGAACAUUUUAACUGCACAGUCAUUAUCUGAAAGACGAACAAUAUCAUCGUUGCAACAAAAUAUGAAACUAAAUCAAAAAACUGUUGAAUUUCUUCAGAAAAAAACUGAGAAUGCAAAAGUCAUAGAUAAUAUAAAUAUAAAUAAAGCCAUUACAAAUUUUCAUGAACUAGGUUUAGCUAAUGGUGAAGAUAGAAUGCAUCAACCAAGCUAUUCCUCAUAUUCAUCUUCUGUUAUUGAUUCGUCCUCUUUUUGUUAUGAUCAUCCAUUGAAAACAUUCAUACCUCUAACAUCAUCUCAUGAUAAUCUACUAUGUAAUCUUACUGAAACAGCAAAUCAUCCAUUAGCUUGCCAAGUAUGUUGUACAUUUACAACGGAUAAUUUAGAUGUCUUAAUUGAACAUGUCGAACGGAAUCGUGUACCGUUUGAUUUAGACUACGUUACGAAUUUAAUAACUUUACAUACAAAUGGUUUUUGGUUCUGUAAACUGUGCUCUUAUAAAAGUCCUUUAAAAGCUAAUUUUCAAUUACAUUGUAAAACAGAAAAACAUGCGCAAAGAUUAAGUUUUCUUGUACAUGUUUGCGAAGGUGGUUUAUGGAAUCAGUCACGCAUUCUGUCAACUCUAAAUAUUUGUGAAAAUAAAAUAUUAGAUACCAAUAACAACAAUAAUAUACAAUGUCCAACUACAAAAGGACCAAAUUAUAAUAUAUCAUCAUUGAAUAUAACGACUAAUCUUACUACUUAUAAUAAUAACAGUAGUAAUGUAGGUAACAAUAGCAGUAAUUGCAAUAAUGUCAAAAACAAUUUCAAUUUAACAUCAUCAAUACAACUGUACUGUAUAGCCUGUGAUUUAUUUACAACUUCAGUGCAUAAAUUCCGAUUACAUUGUCAAACACUUAGUCACAUUGGAGCUGUGAAGAUAUUUACACAUUUAGUCAAUCGACGCAAUUAUCUAUGGAAUACCUUAGCUUCUUUAAGUUUGUUCUAUGUUGAUUUUUUGAAGUCUCUUAUAGAUGAAAAUGAUAAUAAUGACGAGACCAAUAAUGCACAUACAGACUCUUCCCUAAACGGUAUAAAUAAUUUAAAAUAUCAAACAAAGUUUAAUAAGAUUUUAUUACAAUUAUCGUCAAUCCUUACAAACCUACAAGUUGUUUAUGUAUGUCAUAAAAAUUAUUUACCAUUCAUACCAUCAUUGACAAAUUGUUCAUCCCCUUCAUCUAGUAGUCCCAAUAUUAAUUUAAUGUCAUCUGAAAAAUCAUCUCAACAAUCUAUCACUCGUUUUAAGUCACUAACAAGUGCUUUAAAUCAUUGGCAUGUUAGUGAACACCAAAGAUCAAUCGCCAAACAACAAUUAUUUACAGAUCAUGAAAAUGUAUCUCAAUAUAAUCAAAUGAAUGAUUCUAAUUAUUAUUCAAAUGAAAUAUUUGAUAUACAUUGGCAAUUAAAUAAUAUUGAAGGGAAUAUUGAAGAAUUACCAACAAUAAUUAUCAAAAUUUUAAUACCAAUUAUUAAUGAAUCAAUAAAUAAACAAUCAAUAAAUUCUAAUGAAUAUAAUACAUUAAUCAAUAAUUCUAUUAUUAAUGAUAUUGAAUUAAUAAAUUCAAGACAAAUUUCUAAUUAUAAUAUAAAGAAUAUAAUGAAUAAUAUAAAAGAGAAUGAAGAAAAUAAUUGUAAUAAUGAAUUCAUAUAUGAUAAGAUGAAAAUAAUUGAUUUAUCUUAUGAACAAGAUUUAAAUAAUAAAAUUGAUCAACAAUAUGAAAUGAUUGUUAAUAAUAAUGAACAAAUAAAUAAUAAGACAUUUAAAUUAUUAUCUGAAUAUAUUGGUCAAUCAGAUAGAAAACUUAUUUCAUCAUUUCAUCAAAUUCCAACUACAAACAUUUCUGAAGAAAACCGUCUACCUACAUUUUCUGCCACUGGUUCUAACAACAUUGGUGACAUCAAUAUCGCAUUCUCACCCACCGGAGGAAACGGUGAGCAAGCAACUGAGACUGAAGCUAUACGGUGUCAUAGUCAAAUUAAUAGCUCAUCAAUUGAUCAAAACGUUACAGAAGAUUUAACAAAUGCUACCAAGUAUAAAUUACAACCAUGUAAUGAAUUGAAUAGAACAGUUAUUUCAAUCAAAUCUCUUACUAAUGAUUGGCCAACUAGACCAAAUUCGGAACCAAUUUUAAAAUUAACCAAUCAUAAUCCUCUUGAAGUUGAAAUCGAUUCGAGUAAGAUAAAUAUUUACAAAGCGAAAACUUAUCAAAAUCUAUCUGAUUCAACAGUCAUUAAUCAAGAAUAUAAAAAUAUUAUGACAGCUAAUGCAUUUUUAUCAUCUAAUUGUACAGUUGAAGAUAAUGUAUCUGCUAGCCGUUUAUUUUUACCCAAAGAAUUACAUAUAUCAGAUGAAUGGAGAAAAUCUGAACAACGUUUGACCGCUUCAAAUACAUCAAAUAUGUCAUCACCUAUACAUAAUUUUAAUAUACGUGGUACAUCAGUAACACCUAUGGAAUUAUUUGCACAAAUGACAGCUCAUUAUAAACAAAUCUCUGAAAAUUAUAACUACGCACAAUCAAUGGAAUUAUUUUUGACCAAUCCAUCAGUAAUAACACAACUCGCUUCAAUGAAUAUGAGUAAAAUUACUGAACCAGUAUCAAUAUCAACAUCAAUAUCACAACCACCCCCCUCUUCUCCGUCUUCUGCUCUUACACUUACACCUUUAACAACUAUUUCUAAACCAUCAGACUUACCGCCAAAACAAAUCGAUGAUAUUGAUUUAUCAACUAAUCACAACCGAAUGUCAACCAAUGAUUUUUUCCAUGAGUUUAAUAUGUUGCCUAAUUUGCAUAGUUUAUUAAAACAAUCAUUUGAAUUAAUAAGUUGUGACAGUUUUUCAAAUAUACAAAUUGAUAAAUAUUGUUCAGAGGAUUUGUUAGCAUUUACUUUAGAGGUAAUUGUAAAUGAUAAAGUAUAUUAUGGUAAUAUUUAUGAAAAAUUAAAUAAUCAUUGGUUUAAAUUAGAGUAUAUACAUGAAUUACAAAUGAAAAAAGGUAAUUUGUGUACAUAUUGUUGUAAUGAUAACUAUGAUGAUAAUAAUGAUAACGAUGAUGAUAAUGUUAGCAACGAAAAGACUAAUGAUGAUGAUGAAAGAAACAGAAAAUAUCAAAAUAAAUCUCAUCGUUUUCUAUUAGAAUCCAGUUUAGAAUUACACAUAAAACUGCAACAUUCUAAACAGAUUUCUAAUAAUAAUAAUAAUGAUAAUACAUUAACUGUUAUUUUGUCUAAUUCAUCUGUAAACGAAUUAGUUGAAAAAUUAAAUUUACUUAUUUCUAAUUCUGCAUUCUCAGAUUUAUUUCAUUCAAGCUUAGAAAAUCAUUGUAAAUUACAACCCUAUGUUAAAUCGAUUUCUCCAAAUCUGCUAUCGAUACAUUUAAAACAUGUACAAUCAGACAGUUUUCAAAAUAUGCCAAAAUCUUUAUUACAAACAAAUGAAAUUGAAUUCAAUGAUACUAAUACUUCUGCAUCAUUUAUAAUAGAACAAAAUUUUUCAGCAAAAAAUCUUGCUACUAACAACAAUACUACUCAAAAUGAUAUAAGUAAUAUAUGUGAUUCAAAUACUCCAUUAUCUUUAUCAGUGAUUACUUCUGAUCAAUCUAAUUUAUUUCAUAAAGAUAUAAAAGAUUCAAUAAUAAAUAGUCCAUUUGAAAUGAUAACAAACAAUAAUUGUUCAAAUAAUUCUAACUUAUUAUUAAACUAUACUUUAACUAAUAAAAAUGAUCCUAAUGAGAAUAAUGAUAAUAAAAAUAAUCAAAUUGAUAAAGAUAAUAAAAUGAAUAUAACAUUUACUGAAUCUUAUUACAAUUCUAUAAAAGAUUACAAAAGAAGUAAAUUUAUUGAACCCUAUGAACAACAAAUCACAUCAUCAUCAUCAUUAUCAUUAUCAUCAUUACAAAAACGAAGUCGUACACGUUUAAGUGAAUCACAAUUAAAUAUAUUACGUUCAUAUUUUGAUAUUAAUAAUUCACCAACAGAUGAAAAAAUUUAUGAAAUUUGUAAUAAAACUGGUUUACAAGAGAAAGUUGUUAAACAUUGGUUUCGUAAUACAUUAUUUAAAGAAAGACAAAAAAAUAAAGAUAAUCCAUAUAAUUUUUCAAUACCACCAAGUACUAGUUUAAAUAUAGAAGAAUAUGAAAAAACUGGUCGAAUUGAAGUACAUUCAACAUAUUCAAUGAAACAACAUCAUAAAUUAUAUCAUUUAAAUAUUGAACAAAUGGAUAAACAUAAUAAUAAUAAUAAUAAUAAUAAUUUACAAUUUGUAACAACUUCACAAGAUUUAAUUAAUUCAUCUAAUAUUAAUAAUGAUAUUGAAAAUGAAAAUAUAAACAUUAAUGAAUCAUUGAAUUCUCCAACAAAAUCUUUAACUUCAACAAUUAAAAGAUCUUGUGAAAUGGAAUCAUUGAAAAAUAUUGAUCAAAUGAAAUGGAUCAAUCAAAAUAAACGUCAACGAUUACAGAAAGAUAUUCAAGAUAGUAAUAUGAACGAUGAAAGACCUACAUCAAUUGUAUCGAUUGAAGAUUCAGAUGUUAUGUAUAAUGACAAAAGAAAUUUACAUUCAACAAUGACAACAACCACAACGACAACUCCAUCAACUGAAAAUACUGAUGGUGAUGUUCAUUCAUUUGUAUUAGCUGAUAAUUCAAAUAAUUCGCAUGAAUCACCGCCAUCAAUUACAUCGGAAAGUUCUCCAUCUAUUUCUGAAACUCCAUUAUCACCAAAAUUACCCAUGAUACCAGAAUUAGAUAAUCCUCAAAGUGUUCUUGCUGCACUCAUUCAUCUUGGUCAUCAUAAUCGUAUUCAACAGCUAUCAAAAUCCGAAAGUGAACAAAAAUCAAUAAAUUUGUGGGAGUUUCCUUACUUCUCAUCAACAUCGUUAUCAUCUUCUAUUCGUGGAUUUUCAAAUGGUACUGAAGUGUAUACAGAUCCAAACAAACUACAUUGUCAGCUAACAGCACUUAUGAAUGCAUCAUUAAACAGAACUAUGCCACAUUUUCAGACUCCACCAGAUUCAAAUGAAGCUCCAUUGGAUUUAAGCGCUAAAACAACUCCGUCAGUUAUCGUAAAUUCUACUGGUGAUAAUAACUGUCAAAAUAGUACAUCUUUUAUUCUUGAACAAAAUGCACAGAUAAUGGAUAAUGAAGAUAAUAAUGACUUUACAGUUAAUAAUCAAGAUCAAUUUCUUUCUGUCCCAUCUUUAAUUCAAACAGAACAUGUUUCUGGCGUUUAUCGUUCAACAAGUACAACCUCUAGUACAAAUGGUGGACGUAGAAAUAGAACUAGUAUUACAGCACUUCAAUCUAGAUGUAUGCAUUCGAUAUAUAAUUAUCAUAAAACUCCAUCAGUACAUGAAUGUGAUCGAUUAGGUGAAAUGAUUGGUUUGUCACGACGUGUUGUUCAAGUAUGGUUUCAAAAUCAACGUGCAAAAGAAAAGAAAAUGGCACGUGUUUCAUCAGGACAAUAUAAUUUUUCAGUAAAUUCAUCUUUAUUAACUGAAAAAUCAUCACCAUUAGAUUCUUCUUCUUGUAUAGAUUCAAAUUAUUGUCAAAUAUGUUCAAUAUCUAUUCAGAAAUCAGAAAUAACUAAUCAACAAGCAACAAAUGCUUGUAAUCAGUCAACAAAUUUUACAUCACAUGCAUCAUUUGUAGAUCAUCUUUUCUCAGCGGUUCAUUUGAAAAAGUUAUUACGUUGGUGUACAAUGGAUACUACUUAAUUAAAUUGUAUAGCCAUAAUUAUUGUAUUGUAUAUUUCUCCAUACAUCGACUUAUAUUUCAUAAUCCUUUCAAAAUUUGUCAUAUAAUGACUGCUAAUUCUCCUUUCUUCAUUUUACUUCCUCUUCGUUAUUUUGAUGAUGCAUAGGAAAAUGAACGUAAAUUACCUUACAUUCAUUGGUAAAAAUGGGUUGAGAAACCCAUAAUUCACUUCCCCCCCUCAUUCUACCCUUGGUUUUUUUAAUGAUUUCUAUUUCAUUGUUCCGUCAAAUUUUACUUUACCCUGCUGUGUCUAUUAUUUCAAGAAAAAGAUCCAUUCUUUUUCAAAUAAUACCAAAUAGUUGAAGUUGUUGCAGUAAAACCAUUUUGUCAAGAAAGUUUCUUUUAGCAACAAAUCAUACAUUAACGAUAACAUUAACAAUGAUACUAUUACAGAUUAUUAAUUAAUAUUUGCAUAAUAUCUAUGAUUAUCCUUUUUGUUUCUUUUCUG